AAAAAAACACGUAUUGUAACAAACAAAAAUAGUAUAAUUUGGAGUGUAAAGAGAUACCGGCUACCUGCUAUAAGUUCGCGAUUGUUAAUUCCAAAAAUAAGUAUUGAAAUUUGUGAGGACUAACUGCAGCUUAUUUUGAGAGGCUCAGUAGGCUGGAUGCCAGUGAGUUGACUUGUCAGUAGCAUUUGCUGUUCGAGUUCCCCAUUUCACAUCGAACCACUGGAGCCUCAACAGUGCUAACGUAUUUAUAACUAAACGGCAAUAGUCACUCGUCAUGAUGCGCAUGCUCACCAGUUGCACCCUGCGGCGUACUGCGCGGAUCAGCCACAUCCUGUGGGGGCGCUCCUACGCCAAGGACGUGAAGUUCGGGCCGGAGGUGCGGGCCAUGAUGCUGCAGGGCGUGGACGUGCUGGCGGAUGCUGUGGCCGUGACCAUGGGCCCCAAGGGGCGCAACGUGAUCAUCGAGCAGAGCUGGGGCUCCCCGAAGAUCACCAAGGACGGCGUGACGGUGGCCAAGUCGAUCGCCCUGAAGGACAAGUUCCAGAACAUCGGGGCCAAGCUGGUGCAGGACGUGGCCAACAACACGAACGAGGAGGCGGGCGACGGCACCACCACGGCCACCGUCCUGGCCCGUGCCAUCGCCAAGGAGGGCUUUGAGAAGAUAUCGCGCGGGGCCAAUCCGGUGGAGAUCCGCCGCGGCGUGAUGCUGGCCAUCGAGACGGUGAAGGACAACCUGCGCAAGAUGUCCCGGCCGGUGAGCACGCCCGAGGAGAUCUGCCAGGUGGCGACCAUCUCGGCCAACGGCGACAAGUCGGUGGGCAACCUCAUCAGCGAGGCCAUCAAGAAGGUGGGCCGCGACGGGGUGAUCACGGUCAAGGACGGCAAGACCCUCUGCGACGAGCUGGAGGUGAUCGAGGGCAUGAAGUUCGACCGCGGCUACAUAUCGCCGUACUUCAUCAACGCCGCCAAGGGGGCCAAGGCGGAGUUCCAGGACGCCCUCCUGCUCUUCUGCGAGAAGAAGAUCAAGUCGGCCCCGAGCAUCGUGCCCGCCCUGGAGCUGGCCAACGCCCAGCGCAAGCCGCUGGUCAUCAUCGCCGAGGACGUCGAGGCGGAGGCCCUCAGCACCAUGGUGGUGAACCGGCUGAAGGUGGGCCUCCAGGUGUGCGCGGUGAAGGCGCCCGGGUUCGGGGACAACCGCAAGGAGUCGCUGGCGGACAUGGCCGUGGCCACCGGCGGCCUCGUCUUCGGGGACGAGGCCAACCUGGUGCGGCUCGAGGACGUCAAGAUGAGCGACUUCGGGCGCGUGGGCGAGGUGGUGGUCACCAAGGACGACACCAUGCUGCUGAAGGGCCGGGGCCAGCGGGCGGACGUGGAGAAGCGGGCGGAGGGGCUGCGCGAGGCCAUCAAGGAGUCCACCUCCUCCUACGAGAAGGAGAAGAUGCAGGAGCGGCUGGCGCGCCUCUGCUCGGGCGUGGCCCUGCUCCGGGUGGGCGGCUCCAGCGACGUGGAGGUCAGCGAGAAGAAGGACCGCGUCAACGACGCCCUCAAUGCCACGCGGGCCGCCGUGGAGGAGGGCAUCGUGCCCGGCGGCGGCACCGCCCUGCUGCGCUGCAUCCAGAAGCUGAACGACUUGAAAGGCGCCAACGAGGACCAGAACAUGGGCAUCGAGAUCAUCCGGCGGGCACUGCGCAUGCCCUGCAUGACGAUCGCUAGGAACGCCGGCGUGGACGGGGCCAUGGUGGUGGCCAAGGUGGAGAUCCUGGACGGCGACUACGGGUACGACGCCCUCAAGGGCGAGUACGGCAACAUGAUCGAGCGGGGCAUCAUCGACCCCACCAAGGUGGUCCGCACCGCCAUCUCGGACGCCGCCGGAGUGGCCUCGCUCCUGACCACCGCCGAGGCCGUGGUGACCGAGCUGCCCCUGGAGGAAGCCGCGGCUGCCGGGGCGGCAGCUGGACUGGGGGCCCUCGGGGGCAUGGGCGGCAUGGGCGGGCUGGGCAUGUAGUCCUCUGGAAAGGCCUCGUCCCUCACCCCUCUGACCCACUCAACACUCACUCCUGGAAUCGCCUUAAAACACGGGAACGCUGAUGGCUGAUCACAUUACACAGACAGCCAAACACUCUACACUCUACACUUUUACCACUCCGAUACGUUAGUAAAUGGAAAUGCCUUGACCUUUAAAUGAGUAUAGCUAAAAUUUAAUAUAAAUAUUUCGUUCAAUUUGGUUUAUAUGAAUACAAAAAUUUAUUGUUGUGCAAACAGAUGGAAACUGAUGAUCUUAAUAAUAACUUGGUUAUUUCCCAUGUUGAAGAAGACAUGAAUUUGGUUUAAUCCAAAAGAAAAAUAAAGAACCAGAUUCCAUCAUA